AUGAAUAUUUCGCAAAGGACCGCCAACCGGCUUACUAGCGCAUUAAGAUCUCCGCCGCGUGUAGAAAGGCUUAGCAUUGGCAAUAAGUACUUGCUGCAACUGCGAUACCAUCGCACCGACCGGCGGCCCACCGCGCUCGACGAUUCAUAUGACCUCAACGACCUAGCCGUCACCCUUGCCCCAUUCAAGGAAUCGUACGCCUUCAGUGAUCCUACCCAAGCCCCCUCGUGGCUCGCCAUCGCGCGCGCCAAGUCCAAACUCCGUCCUCAGUCCAAGCGGCAGUCGCCCAAACGCAUUCCAGAGGCAACAAGCAUGCUAUCCCAGGCGGACCUCGUCUGGGCUCCGACGGCCGACACUGCAGGGUCCGCAAUAUGGCUGCACUGCGAUUCGCGCCGGUACUUGAUUGGGAGAGUCCCUGAGGGGACUCAGCGUGUGCUGGCCGGUAGGUCUAACGACAGGCCCAUUAUCAAGCUCGAGGAAAUCAUGAUCACUGGCCCCAUCGGUUCCGAAACAUGCGGCGGCCUCAUGGGUAUGGUGCUCACACUGGCGGCUUCCAAAGCGAUGGCUGUCAGGGACAACGGUCCUAAAAGCAAAAAGAACGAUCCAAAGGCGCCGAGUUGGAACAGGUUGCGGUUGCGCGGGAGCAGGAACUUGCCCUACUAUCUUGCCAUGGGUCGUAGCUUCAUAUUGCGCCAAAAACUACCAUUGGAUGUGAACGAGAUCCUGGCCGAUCCGAGGCUAGAGGAUCCGAGCAGUUCCGAACAUGACUGGGAGGACGAAAAUAUUCGUGUGUGGCACGUUCCAUUAUCGGCCAACACAAGCCACUCCCCCGGCGGCAGAAAGCGGGCGAGGGUCAGUCACGAUGAUGAUGGCAAGCCUGAGCCCGAGAUGCUCAGUGAAACAGACCAGCAGCUUGUCAAGUCGGUGCUCAUGACCAUGUUCGAGACUGAUUGGCGGCUCGAUGGCCUUGUCGAGAUAAAACUGUCCGAAGCCCGCAGGGACGCCACCCUAUAUGUGCGCAAGAAUGGCAACCUGGAGGAGUACCACGGUCCUCUGCCCGGGGAUUCGGAACCCGUCCCAGAUAUAACCGUUUUGACCAGGAGAAACUGGAAUGCAGGCCAGAUUCGAAAUCUCCCCAAAACUUCUCCUUCCAGUACUUCGAUGUGCUACAUAGUCAAAUUACAGCCGCGCCGUGGCAAGUUUGACAAAGAAGCCGCAGAGAAAUUUGGAAUCCAACACAAGCAAAGAGGUCUGAUAUGCAUGGGACACUCUAUCACCACAGACUCUGGUGAUGUGAUCACGCCUGAAAUGGUCAUGGCUCCGCCCAUUCCCGGUAUGGGCUUUGCCGUGGUUGAUGUCCCUUCGGCAGAUUACGUCGAUUCCUUACUUUCCAGGCCAGAAUGGGACAACGAAAAAAUAAUGAGUGACAUGGUCGCCAUCUACUGGACACUUGGUAAAGGUCUGGCAGAUGACGAGAGGAUCUUGGCCUUCAUGAGAAAGCACAGUCACCUGAGACACACCGUCUCAUCGUUGGACGUUUGUGCGAACCAUAUCUCCUUUGAGACGUCGACCAAAGGCAUCAUUAGGCAUCACUACCUAGACCAAAAACGUUUCCCUUUACCCGUCUUCAACAACGUUGGGCCGAUGGGCGAUUUGUCAUCAAAACCCUUUCUGCCAGCGAAAUCUGAGGCGAGAUUAGAGUUGGCGCCCAAGUACGCAUUUCAAGACGACAGGGUACAGCGACCGCUAACUACCGACGCCAAAGAGCUCCGACCCUCUUCAGCAGUCAGAGAACUCAUCGAUGCCGCUCGCGAGACCGUCAAGACGCACGAUUUCAAGGCUCUUAUCCAGGCGGACAACAAAGACCUGCCUUGCCCCGACGCCGAAGUGAUUGCUCUCGGGACUGGGUCCUCGUUGCCCUCUAUCUAUCGCAACGUUUCAGCCACUCUUGUGCGCGUCCCAGGUGCCGGAAACUAUCUGUUCGACUGCGGCGAAAGUACCCUCAGCCAGCUCCGCCGUCAUUAUGGCAUCGAGGGGGCCGACGAGAUACUGCGCGACCUGCGUGUCCUCUGGCUUAGCCAUCCUCACGCAGACCACCACCUUGGCACCGCAAGUCUUCUUCAGGCAUGGGAUGCAGCCACCUCGUCUGUCAGCGCAACCACAUCAGAAGGAAAGCCCCCUUCCCUCACGGUGGUCGGCCCCCAAGGCCUGAUGAGCUAUAUCAGAGAAUACCAAAAUGUCGAACAUAUCAGCAACCGUCUGACCCUCAUCGGCGUGGCGAGGCCCAACAGAUCCACCCGCAUUUCGGAGCCCAUCACGUUCACCGGGACUGAUCAAGCUAACCUCGGCGGCCUUACGCGGAUAGAUGUGGCCAGGACCGACCACUGCUUCGACUCGUUUGCAACCGUCUUCACAUGGGAGAAGACGGGCCUAAAGGUGGCUUACUCGGGCGACUGCCGCCCAUCGGACGACUUCGUCCACAUAGGGCAGGGAGCGACGCUGCUCAUCCACGAAGCGACAUUUGAGAACGAAAAGCAGGGCGACGCCAUCGCCAAGAAGCACAGCACUAUGCGCGAGGCUAUGGACGUGGCGAGGCGCAUGAAGGCGCGUAGAGUGCUGAUGACGCACUUUUCACAGCGCUACGCCAAUAUCCCCAAGGAUCUCGAGCGACGGAACAGUGCCAAUAUGGACAUGAUUGUUCUGUUCGCGUUUGACCACAUGAGGGCCAAGCUCGGCGAGUUCACCGAGGCGGUCGAGUUCUUGCCUGCGCUGCAGAAGAUGUACACCAUCGUGUUGAAGGAAGAGCACGAUGAGGCCCACGUUAGCACUCCCGAUCUGGCUGCGGGACAAGUCGGUGAAGGGUCGACACUCGAAGACGUGGCUGUUGAUGUUUAA